AUCGCAAAUAUGUCAGUAACGACUACCGCAAACCCACAGACCUACAAUCUUCGUACAGUGCUCGCAGACUACGAGCUCCACCACACGCCGGAGUCUGAGCCGUUGGACACUUCGCUAAACGCUCACCCAGAGCCCUCCACUACUUCUUCGUCACCGAGCAAUCCACCUCACUGGCCUACCGAUGCGCGUCGUGUGCCCAACUACCGACCUCUGAAUAGGAAUCUGGUGCAGAGCGAGCGGAGGGUAUACCAGAAUGGGGUGGAGCAGGCAUUUGUGGGUGUCAUGUUUACUGGAGUGGUGAUCGAAGCGGUGAACUCUGUCAAAAGUGUGGCGUGCAACACUGGGCAGGGUUUGGGACAUCGCAUAUGGGAGAGGAGGGGAGUGGUAAACAAGUGGGAUGAGACAAUGGUCCGGGGAUUCCGUUCGGAAGGCGCCGGAACGACAAGGGAUUGUCAUGUACAAUGCAACAUGCUUUGGUCGGAACUGUAUAUAUGGUAAAGAACAUAUCAAACAAGAGUCUCUGAGACGUCGAAUCUCCGUUUCUUCGAUUGACGUUUUUGAUUGUCGAGGAC